AUGGUCAGAUUUGGCCUUCCCCACAUUUUUAACACAUGCAUGCUGCUGCCUGUGCUGGAUAGUCUAGGAACAAUAAGUGCAGAAUUUGUGGCAGGAGGACAGACCAUCAGAUUUGUUGAUCUUGCGUUAGGUUGGCUUGAUAUCUUGAUCAGCAUAUUGAAGAACAUUGCUGGUCUGAAGAUUGUGCAGGAGGAAAGGUUGUCGUUGUUGUCCGCAUGGAUACAAGAUUUUGCAGACGCUCAGAUAACUAAAGGUAACUGGCCACCUCAAGCCCAAAUGCUUGCCAAUUGUCAUGCCCUUCUUGAUGCCAGCUGCACAGCAGCAGCAUCUAAAUGA